AUGAAUAAUGGUAACGAAUAUCAAAUGGCUCGUGCAACUUGCUCUGUGUGCAGGCACCAGCGCAGGAGGUGUGAGGAAGGUUGUGUUUACGCGAAAUACUUUCCUUCCGAAAGAUUUGAAGAUUUCCAAUAUGUGCACUCACUUUUUGGAGUAAGCACGGCCAUGAAAAUAAUUAACUCCGUUGAGGAGGAGGACAAGGAUACAACUGCCGAAACUCUGUUAAUAGAAGCAAGAAUACGAGCAGAAAACCCAGUUCAUGGGCCGUUAGGAGUCGAGAUGAGGUUAAGAUCUCAAAUUGAAGAAGAAACGAAGGAGCUCGUGCGAAUCCGUAAACAGAUUGAGGACCUUCGGAAUAAUGAAGGAUCCUCAAGGACCCCAAAUGAGGAAACACACUAA